CCAUGUCCGGCGGCCGCGCGGCCGCGCCGGCCUUCGGGCAGGCCGUGAUCGGGCCGCCGGGCUCGGGCAAGACCACCUACUGCCACGGCAUGCAGCAGUUCCUGCGCGCGCUCGGCCGCCGCGCCGCCGUCGUCAACCUGGACCCCGCCAACGAGGCGACGCCCUACGAGCGCGCCGCCGACGUGGCCGAGCUCGUCACGCUGCCCGACGUCAUGGAGAGCCUCAAGCUGGGGCCCAACGGCGGCCUCAUCUACUGCAUGGAGUACCUGGAGGCCAACGUGGACUGGCUGCAGGAGAAGCUGGCCGCCCUCCGCGGCCACUACGUCCUCUUCGACUGCCCGGGCCAGGUGGAGCUCUACACGCACCACGGCGCCCUGAGGAACGUCUUCGCCCGCCUGGCCAAGUGGGACUUCAGGCUGGCUGCAGUCCACUUGGUGGAUUCUCACUACUGCACCGAUCCUGGCAAGUUCAUCUCUGUGCUCUGCACCUCGCUGUCCACCAUGCUGCACGUGGAGCUGCCCCACGUUAACGUGCUCUCCAAGAUGGACCUGAUCGAGCAGUACGGCAAGCUGGCCUUCAACUUGGAUUAUUACACGGAAGUCCUGGACCUCUCCUACUUGGUUGAACAUUUAGCUUCUGACCCCUUCUUUAAAAACUACCGCCGUCUCAACGAGAAGCUGGUGGAGGUGAUUGAAGACUACAGCCUCGUGUCCUUCGUUCCGCUCAACGUCCAGGACAAGGAGAGCAUGCGGCGGGUGAUGCAGGCGGUGGACAAAGCCAACGGCUAUUGCUUUGGAGACCAGGAGCACAGGAGCCUGGAAGCUCUCAUGUCGACAGCGAUGGGAGCUGAUUUCCACUUCACUUCCACGCUCGCAGUGCAGGAGAAGUACGUGCGAUGUGAGGACGAGGCCGUGGAAGAGGACGACAUGGAGCCGUAGCGCGCGGCCCUGCCCGGCUGCCUGCUGCUCCGACAGCUCGCCCUGUGUACGGGAGUCCCUGCGUCGCUGGGCUCAGCCUAAGCAACAGCCUUUGCACUUAGGCUCCAUCUCUGGGGCUUCUGCCCAGAGCAACGUGUUCGCAGACACCGUGCAGCUGAGGGCACAGCUGCUCUUUCCUUAGGAACAGGAGAGAUUCCGCAGGUUAAGGCAGGGUUAGCAGGAGAGGCAAGACGCAGCAAACCGGCCUUUGCCAAUGCUCUCCUGAUCAUGACUAAGGUUGAUCCAGAGAGAAAAAGGUCAGUUCGAGCUGUCUCUUCUGCAGUGAGUUUUGUAACAGAGGUUCUUGAUUUGCUGCAUAGGAGGAACGUGCACGGUCCUCAUAUUGAGAGGUGCGGCCAGGCUCAGAAACCUUUCAUCU